AUGCGAAGACAAAACUCGGAUAAUUCUCAGAACUCACAGCUGCUGGACCCGGAUGAUCCUACUAUUACUGGUGUCAGGAAGAAGUGUCUCGACGACUACGAAGACGAGAAGCGAACGGCGCUCAAGCAAAUGGACUAUCGCAGGCGCAGGAAGGAGAGACAGAAGGUCAAGAUCGAGUUCAACGUUACUUCUAUCAUCCACCGUCACAACUUCCUGCUCAAGCUUGCGAAGGCACUGAUGACGUUUGGUGCACCUUCUCACCGCAUUGAGUCCCAGCUCCUUGCAGCAGCGCGUAUCCUCGAGGUCGACGCCGAGUUCAUUCAUUUGCCGAGUGUCAUCAUCUGUUCCUUUGGCGAUAAUGACACGAUGACGUCGGAGACCCACUUCAUCAAGUCCGGUGGAGGUCUUUCCUUAGGUAGCUUGCACAAGGUUCAUCUCAUCUACCGUUCCGUGGUGCACGACGAAGUCAGCGCGCGCAAGGCAACGGAACAACUUGACGACCUAUUGUCGGCGAAACCGUUGUACUCGUGGUGGUUCAGGUGCUUCUUGAGUUUCUGGUUGUCGGUGUUGAUAUGUCCGCUGGCGUUCGGAGGCUCGUUCAUCGAUAUGGGGAUCGCCGGGGCUGGCGCCGCUGUAUUGUGCUUCUUGCAACUCAGGGUUGCUGCGAAGAGCGCUAUGUAUGCGAACGUCUUCGAGAUUACAACGGCGAUGUUGGUAUCCUUCACAGCACGAGGACUCAGCAGUAUCAGAAGCCAGAUAUUCUGUUACACGGCCGUAUCGUCGUCUGCGAUCAUCGGUAUUCUUCCCGGUUAUUUGAUCCUGAGUAGUUCGUUGGAGCUGGCCUCUAAAAACAUCGUCUGCGGUAGUGUCAAGAUGGUGUACGCCCUUAUCUAUACCCUCUUCCUGGGUUUCGGUCUGCAGAUCGGGUCAGACCUAUACCUCCUCUUUGAUCCAACCGCACGGCGCCACCUCAACACGCUUGCUGCCGACAUCUCUACGAGUGCUACUAUUGUCGGCACAUUCUCGGCGGACAACUCCACGAGUGGCAACUCAUCGCUCUCCUCAGGGUUGGGGCCUGUCUACGGCACGUUUACCUUCACGAACAACACGAACGUGAUGCAGACGGACAUUAUCGAUGGGUGCUAUCGCCCUAAGCACUUCGCCUGGUACCUUCAGCCGUUUCCCUUCUGGGCGCAGUUCUUCAUCGUGCCGUUGUUCAGCAUUCUAUCGUCCCUCGCGAAUCUACAACCCUGGCGUAGCAGGCAACUUCCAGUGAUGGUAGUCAUCUCGUGCGCAAGUUACGCGAGCAACAAAGUCGCCAAUCACUACAUCUUCAAUCGGAGCGAUAUCGUGAGUGCCAUCGGGGCUUUUACAGUGGGCUUGCUGGGGAAUGUGUAUUCAAGGAAGAUGGGUGGAACGGCGUUUACGAGUAUGGUUACGGGUGUGCUGUUCCUUGUGCCAUCGGGUCUGUCGCAGGCGGGAGGUAUCACGGCAGAUGGAAGCGGUGUUGACAUUGGAAGUGCGAUGAUCGCCGUCACGAUCGGUAUCACGGUUGGGCUGUUCAUGUCCCAAGCACUCGUGUACAUGUUCGGGACGAGGAAGAAUGCUGCUGUAUUCUCGUUCUGA